UCAUAAUAAUUAGACUGAUGGACUGAAUAAUGGAUUUUUGGUGCUCCAGUCAGUUUCAAUUACUCGACAAUACAACAUGAAAGUGUUUUUAUUCAGUAGCUUGGUGCUGGUAGCAGUAGGUCUGUGUUUGGCAGCUGAAAGCCAACAAUUGACCGAAGAGAAUUGGCAAUGGAUUCCAACCAUCAACGGGGAAAUGGAAUACGUUGACAUUAAUGCUAUCGAUAUGGGUAUGGAGCCUGCUUUCAAUGGAAUGAAUGACAUCCUUUUCCGUUUGUUCACCAGAAGAAACAGUGGUCAGAACGACGGACAAAUCAUUCGAAUUUACAACAAUAACGAUUUGAUCAACAGCCAUUUCAAUUUCAAUCAUCAAACAAGGUUUCGAAUUCACGGAUGGAGUGAAGGAGGCAACCGAACUGGUGGAUCUUUCAGAAACGCUUUCUUGAAUCGUGGUGAAUACAAUGUCAUAAUUGUGGACUGGGGUGCUGGCGCAGGAACACCGAAUUACGUUUUGGCUCGCAGUCGAGUUAAUGAAGCGGGUGCAGUAGUGGCACGGUUUAUUGAUUGGUUAAAUUCAGCCGGAGUAGCAUUUUCAUCAAUUUCCGUCAUCGGACACAGUCUAGGUGGUCAUGUAUGCGGUGCAGUCGGUAAAAGAGUGACGCGUGGUCGACUCUCUUCGAUUGUAGCUUUAGAUCCGGCGGGUCCACUAUUUACAAUCGACAGACCCGAAGAUCGUCUUCAUUGGACGGAUGCAGAUUAUGUAGAAGUUCAAUUCACCGACAUCGGUAGAUUGGGCUUCUCUCAACCGAUUGGCCACGCAAACUUUUAUCCAAACUGGGGAACUAGUCAACCGGGUUGUGGAAUUGAUCUAGCCGGAAGUUGUGGACACGCUUUAGUCAAUGAUUUCUUCGAAGAGGCGCUAACGCCGGCCAGAAUUUUUGGUGCUAUCAGAUGUCGUGGAUUUGCUGAUAUCCAGAACAGAAAUUGUGUCAUCAGCGGGCCAAGCAGAAGGAUGGGCGGUGAGCCGGUCAAUGAUGGUUUCAGUCCCGCUGGAAGUGUGUACUUUUUAACCACCAAUCCAGCAGCUCCAUUUUCUCAAGGACCGAGAUAAUAGCAGUACCAUUGUCGACUUAAAUAAUAGAUUCGUAAUACAAUCAAUUGAUGAUUAGAUUAC